CACUGGCUCCUCGUUAAAUUCGCAGAAACACAGUGAGACGGGCGGCGGCGCGCGCAGGAGGAGCUCGAGCGCUUCAGUCCGGCAGCAGAUCAAAGGGAAACAAACGGACACCGCGCGCGCUGCGGUCACGCACACACACACACACACACUCACGACCUGGUGCUGCGCGCGGACACUGACCGCUCUGAGAUGUCGGAGGCUGAGACACAGCAGGAGAGACUACAGGCCAUUGCUGCGAAGAGGAAGAAGCAGGCUGAAAUAGAGAAUAAGAGGAGACAGCUGGAGGAUGAACGCAGACAACUACAACAUCUAAAGUCGAAGUCCCUGAGGGAGCGGUGGUUGUUGGAUGGUGCACCCUCCAGUGGAGAAAGCGAGUUUCAGCGACAGCUGCAGGAAGACGAGGCUAAAACCAGGGCACUGGAGCACAGCGUUCUCAGGUUGGAGCAGGAGAUCGAGGAGCUGGAGACUGGUGUUCCUACAUCUAAAUCCAGCGCAGAUAAAGAGAACCUCAUAAACACUCCUGACGGCCCUGGAAAAGUGGAGAACGGCGUCCCUAAAACCAGACAGGUGACCGGCAUCGAGGCGAAGCUGGAAUGCACAAAUUUAGACGCGAAGGCCAUCGAGAACGCUAGUGUGGACCACCCGGUCACCAUGGUGUUCAUGGGCUACAAAAAUGUGGAGGACGAGGACGAGACCAAGAAAGUGCUGGGCAUCGAGGACGCCGUGAAGGCAGAGUUUGUCGUUAUUGAGGACGGCGAGAACAAAGCAGCGACAGAAGAUGCAAAGAACGAAGAGAAAGCUCCCUUGAACGGCGCCCCCUCCAGUCCAGGCGACAAGAAACAGGACGAGGCGACGAGCGGAGACGAGGCGAAACAGGACGAGGCCAAGAAAGAAAAGCAGCCGUGCAAGUGUUGCGUCGUGAUGUGAGCAUGGGGGCUAAAACUUUUACUCUAAAAAAUGCUUAAUAUUACACACAAAAAAAUACUAACCCCAGAGAGGAACUGUUGUCACUUCAGUGAUUAGAGUGGAUGGUGUAAAAAUGACAAUGCAAAUGAAAAACAUAUCAUUAACAUCACCGCUUUAUUAAUCUGUAUUGCUAGCAUAAAUAUCGCUAAUGACAUCACUCUUGUUGUCAUUGCUAGAGCUAUGAUGAAUAAUGUUGUUGCAGCCCAAAAGACUAACAAGAACUGUUAGCGGUGCUAGUUGUAUCGUUUACGUCAUCUUUGUUAGCAUUGUUAAUGGUUCUGACUCCUUGACGUUGCUGUAAACAUCCAAAUCAUUAUUACUUCAUAAUUAUUUAAAUUACCCUGACUUAAGUCUUUAAAAAGGACUAAAUAAACAUGCAGGAAAUGGAAAUGAGCUGGAUCUGUGAGGAAGAUCAAUAUUUACCUCAAAUCAGAUUGCUAUUAUUACAAUUUACUUAACAUUUAUUAUAAAUGUAAUAUAUAUAUAUGAAAGUUCUAGUACUAUGUGCACGGUCAUGACAUGAUUAGUACUGCCAAGAGAGGUAAUUUUACUGCCAACUACAUUAAAAAAAAAGUAAAUUUGCUGGCUUUUAUAUAGAUGUUGUAAAGCUGCAGUAGCUGAAAAUCCGAUAGAACCUUCAAGAUCAUCAACAUUUACCUCAGAUUUGGUGGAAAAACUUUGGUACGAGUAAAAGUAAUAACUCUAAAUAACUUUGCAUCCAGCAGUAGUUUGAUUAGCAUGGUGCUGAUUUAUUGACAAGCAAAAAAUCAAUACGAAUCUUAUUGUUAUCACUAAUAUAUUAUUAUUAGCAUUUAUGUAAUAACAUGCGUGUUAGCAGUGCUAGUAGUAACAACAAAACUGGAAUCUUCUAAACAUUUGUUUAUCUUAACGUUAAUUUGUGAAAAGACGUCCAUAUUUUCCUAUAAAUUAUGCUAAAGAUUUAGCUAGCACAUAACGCUAACGAUGAAAAUAGUAAAGAUCAGAACAUGGAUUUUUAUCACAGUUAGCAUUGAGAUUUUUACACUGUAUUUCAUUACUGUUAUGCGGCUGCACGUCCUCUCUGUGUUUGUAUUUAUAUUUCUGUAUGUAUGUAUUUGUAUGUAUGUUGUUUAGUUUGUACUUCUUUUUUUAUUUCUAUUGAUAUUUUUCUAUCUUUCUGUCUUGACAUUUCUAUUAUACAUAAAUAUAUAUAUAUAUAUUAAAAAUAUAAACUUAUAUUUUCAUUAUGUGAUCUUAGUGCUUGUGGAGGGACAGAAGGGUGGAGUUUGGUGUCUUUUCACUUGUUUUAGUUUAUUUUUAAACAAAAAAUAUAUAUGAAGGACAUCUGACUUUGAAUAUUUAUCUCGCUUAGUGUUUCUACACUUUUAGUGUCAUUCUCCAUAAGAUCAGAUUAUUAUAUUACAGAAUUAUUAUGCUUUUAUAACGUAUGUAUUACGUGUUUAUUUCGUGUUUCAUCAUCUCAGACCACUGUGACACUGUAGUAUGCGCACAUACAGUACACACACGCAGGCACGCGUGCGCAUAUGCACAGCACACACACUUGAUGGUAGGAAAAGAUGUGUGUAAAGUGUGUAAAUAAAUGUGAUGUAUUGUUUUUGCUGGUUUAUGAAAUACACAUGAAAUAAAGUCAUGUUUUUACAUCCUGUUUCCUGGCAGUGGGCGUGUCCCAAACCACAGACCCUGUACACUAUGUAGUGCACAUAAUCACCAUAAUUAUCCACUAAUGUCCACUAUUGGCAUGUCUCAAACUCUUUCCAUUAGGGUUGGUUUAAAUUUUUUAUAUAUUUUUUUGUAGUGCUUUAAACUCGGCGCUCGAGUGCCACUCGUGUCAUGGUGGUGUUUUUGGUUCUGUUUUUGUGGAUGAUGGAACCCUGUUUGUUUGUCCUUGCUGUUUCAUGCUGUGGUCUAAGUGCUCGAUUAAGGAACAAAAACAAAUAAAACCUGUUGUGCUAUGA